UUUGAGUGACUUAGUCGUGAUUUAGUAUGAAGUUCCAACUUGUAAUCUUCCUGCUCGCAGCAAUUGUCUUCCAAAUUGCCAACUCCAAACCAUCAACAUCAUCAGCAGAUGACAGCGAUGAAAUUUCCGACGUUGUUGAAGAAAUGAUUAAAGUUUGCAAAGCAAAAAGUUGCAAGAAAGAAGACAUUUUGAAGGAAGUCCAGACAGCUGUUGAAAGUCAUAUGAAGUCUGUCAAGCCUGGUGAGCUCAAGCGUGACGAAGUCCUCAAGGAUAUUGAUGCACUGGCGAAGCAUAUUGGAGAAAAUGAAGUGAUUAAAGGAAGUGAAAUGAAGGAAUUUUUGUUGGGAAUGAUGAAGAAAUACGAAGACAAAUUUGGAGCUGCUGGAGCCACAACAGCAACAACCAAGAAGACAAAAUAAUUUUUUUUCUCGGUUAUGUUGUUGAAUUUGGCGGGAAAAUAAAGUUUUUGAGGUUAUAAUGUUGAAACUUGAUGUAAAAUUCGUUAUUUUGAGGUUUUG